CCAUCCCUCACCACCGGGUCGCCCCUUGUGGUCCUGGCCGAACCCAUAAUGGGUUUGCUUUAAGAGGCCCAUAAGGUGGAAAUUCUUAAAAAUAAUAAUAACUCUCGUGCUUUUUGUCGAAAUUUUAAAGGUAUAUUUGUGUAUAAGGAGGGUUGAUGCUCUUAAAUUUUCAUGGUUAAAGAUCGAGAAGAUGGAGAGAUAAAGGGCGUCGUAUAUCCUAUCUCGAGUAGGCUUUAACUCCUUAUUAGAAUUUACAUCUUUUUUUCUAUAAAACUUAACCCUACCUUUAAAAUUAAACGUUUUAUAAUAAUUAUAAAUAUAAAAAGAUUUUAAUAAGAAAAUAUCGUAACAUGCAUUUUCUUAAAGGUUGUAAGUACUGUUUACAAGAAUUUUCUAACAAGAAGUGAAUUGCAUCACGCUGCUUACCAACAUCGCAUGAACAGAAGAAUAGAAAGAAUUAUUUUCGAUGCUUUAUUGGAAGCGGAUGGAAAAGUUUUAGCGCCUAACGGUGAAAAUUUCCAGUUCUACAAUUGGACUAAUGCAGUGAACAGAGAGGAAGAAGUUAUUGAAUUGACAAUGAGAAACUUCUGCAUGAUGACUGACAACGCUGUUUACGAUUCUCUGAAGUACUCAAAAAUAGAGAAAGUUCGAAAUAUACUGGAUAUAGUAGAGAGACGCUUUCAAAAUUCUAAAAUAUAUCAGACGGUUUCUCAUUGGUCCGUUGCUGAAAAGCCCGAUAAGAAAACUAUAAAAGCAGCAAUUAUGAAAUGUGCGCAAGAAUUAUCUCCCGAUGAAAAAAGAGACUUUUAUAAAAAAUAUGGAACUGAUUUUGAAUUACGCGAAGAAGAUUUUAAGAUUCAGAUAAUUUCGAUCGAUUGGGGCAAGGGUGAAGAUAAUCCAGUUAGUCGUGUCUACUUCUUUUCUAAAUAUAACAUGGAUGCUACUUGGAAAGAAGAGCAAACUAACUGGAUGAUGCCGAAAACAUUCAGAGAUGUGAAACUUAGUGUUUUAUGUAAACGCCAUGACGAUACGACAUUCGAAAAAUUACGAAUUUGUUGCGAAAAAUACGAUGCAAUGCGCACUUAAUGGCAUCUUUAAACUUGCACAACGAAUUUGUGACAGUUAUAAAAUAAAUAUUCCCGUAAGUUAAUAUAUUCUAAAUUAAAUUAUAAUUCUAUUAUAUUGUAAAAUACUUAUAAAUUCUCAGUGAAGCGAAUGAGUUAACUUGUACACAUGCUAUUUACAGUUGAACCUUCUGUGAGAUAAUUCAAUGUAAAAGUCCUUGUAUUUAAAUUCUGAAAAUCUGUACUCAAGAGUAAAAUAAAUAUUCGUAAAUAAUUAA